AUCUUAUUAAUUAUAGGGCCAUCAUAAGAACUACUUCCUCAUUAUUAUUCCUCCUACUCUCUUUUCCUUCUCAAAAAGCUUACAAGUGUGAGGAUUGCUACAGCUAUGGAGAUUUCGAAUUUGAGAAAAUUAUUCCUAAUACUCCUAUAUCUCAGCUCAUUUCAACUGUGUAAAGCAUUUGGAGGAGUUGUUAAUUCGCUAGCGAAGUUGAGAUUCGACGGAAAAACUGGCGAAUUUAGGAUUUUGCAGGUGGCGGAUAUGCACUACGGAGAUGGAAAAACGACGCCGUGUGAAGAUGUGUUGCCGCAGCAGAUGUCUUCGUGUUCCGAUCUCAAUACUACUGAUUACAUUUUCAGGAUGAUUCACGCCGAGAAGCCUCAUCUCAUUGUGUUCACCGGGGACAACAUAUUUGGAUUUGAUGCUACGGAUCCUGUAAAAUCCAUGGAGGCUGCUUUUGCUCCUGCAAUAUCUUCAAACAUACCAUGGGCUGCAGUACUAGGAAAUCAUGACCAGGAAUCUACACUCUCAAGGGAAGGCGUGAUGAAACAUAUUGUUGGCAUGAAAAGUACUUUAUCUCAGUUGAAUCCUCCUGACGUUCCUGAUAUUGAUGGUUUUGGGAAUUAUAAUCUGGAAGUCCAUGGGAUUGAGGGUUCCGAGCUGACUAAUAAGUCCGUUCUCAAUCUGUAUUUCCUUGACAGUGGAGAUUACUCUACUGUUCCAUCCAUCCCUGGUUAUGGUUGGAUUAAACCCUCUCAACAGUUCUGGUUUCAACGUACCUCUAGGAAGCUUAAGAAAACUUACAUGCACACUUCAAAUGCUAUGAAGGCUCCUGCUCCAGGCCUUGCUUACUUUCAUAUUCCACUUCCUGAAUAUGCGAGCUUUGACUCAUCAAACUUCACAGGGGUUAGACAAGAAGGCAUAAGCUCUGCUUCAAUAAAUUCAGGUUUCUUCACCACUAUGGUGGAUGCUGGUGAUGUAAAGGCAGCAUUCGCUGGCCAUGAUCACCUAAAUGAUUUUUGUGGCAAGUUGAUGGACAUAAAUCUUUGCUAUGGUGGAGGAUUUGGAUAUCACGCUUAUGGGAAGGCUGGAUGGUCAAGGAGGGCAAGGAUGGUAGUAGCAUCUUUGGAGAAAACAGGGAAAGGAGGGUGGGGAGAUGUCAAAUCUAUUAAAACAUGGAAGCGACUUGAUGAUGAACAUCUUACAACCAUCGAUACUCAGGUGCUUUGGAGCAAGAGGUCUGCCGGUGCUCGUAGAAAAAAGCCUAUCGGCCACCAUUAAAGAAUUUUAUUACUGAAGCAUGAGCACAAAUUGGUAGCAGAAGCUUAUUCUUCAACUUGCAUCUACUGGAAAGGUCUUAUACCUGUUGUAUGGGUUAUUUACUUAGGGUCAAGAGUUAAUUAAUUUGUAAUGUUAAAGGUGAUAUAGGAGAAAGCAAUAUAUUAUAUAUGUAGGUCACAUUCAGAGAAUGAAAUAGGGACCCACUUCUGAAGUGAAGAAAGAUUAAUAUAGUUCGAAAACUGCCUCUCUACUUUCUCAAGGUAGGGCAAGAGGUAUGUGUACACUUUAUCCUCCCAAGAUUCCACAUGUGGGAUUACACUGGGUUUAUUGUUGUUGUAUGUUGCUGUUGUACUAGAAAACGUGAACUAUUCUGUUGUAACUUGUACCGAUGUCUGAAUAUAACAGACGCUAUUCCUUUUAUAUAUUUUUUCCAUAUGAUUGUUCUAUUUAAGAUA